AACAAGAGAAACGAAAACAACAUACAAAAAGCAUAAUCAUUCUGUGUGGCGGCGAUUGCUCGAUUCGAUGUAAAGUUAAAAAUUUUGAUGCAUAUUCUAAAAAAAUAUCAGGUGAAUGGAUCCAUAAUUAUUGAAUAAAGUUAUUUAUUGCCGAAAAUAAUUUACGAAACGGUUUUCUAAUUCAGGUCAAUUCCCCUGAUUACCCUACUUAACGUAUGUUACGUGAUAAACCAGAAACUGGUUCAUUGAUUAUUUUACCAGUUAUUUUAAAAUUCAACGGGUAAACGCAUAGGUAUUUUUCCGACUUGACUGCUUUAAAGAGUUAAAAUAUUUUUUAAAAUGACUGCAAAAUUCCAGUUUUCAACUUUACCCAAGGAUGAAAAGUUGGCAGAAUCUUUUGAUGUAUAUUUGUGUAAUGAAUUUUCUCUUCCGUCCUUUGCAAUUAAGUUUAUAAAAGAAGAAUACAGCACUUAUGAAGCGAGAAGCGAUGAUAUUUAUGUUGUAUCCUAUCCAAAAACAGGUACAACUUGGCUUCAAGAAAUUGUUUAUCUCAUUCACAGUAAUGUGGAUAUCAACUCGGCUCGCAAUUUAAGUCUAGACAAAAGAUUCCCUUAUAUUGAACAUUCAAAAACUAAUUUCAAUGAAGUGAAAAACAUGAAUUCACCAAGGCUUCUUAAAACUCAUUUGCCUUAUUCUUGCCUUCCUGAAGAUAUUUUACAGAAGCAAUGCAAAAUGAUCUAUAUUACAAGAAAUCCUAGAGAUGUUGCAGUUUCAUAUUACCAUUUUGCUUGUAUGCUCAAAGAAACCCAAUACAAGGGAAAUUUUGAACAAUUUUUCCAGCGUUUUCUCUUGGAUCGAACUACUUACAGUCCUUUCCUGUUGCAUAAUUUGGAAUUUUGGAAUCACAGAAAUGACAAAAAUGUUUUAUUUUUAUUCUAUGAAGAUUUGAAAAGGGAUAUUACCAGCAAUCUUAAGAAGAUAGCUGAAUUCUUGGAUCGUAAUUUAAGUGAUGAGGAACUAAAUUCAAUCAAAAAACACACUGAAUUCAAAAGUAUGGCAAAACAAGAAAGUGUUGUAUUACCUGAAGAUGCAACUGUUGGUAGCAAGGGAUCUUUCUUUCGUAAAGGGCAAACUGGUGAUUGGAAGAAUUAUUUCACUCCCGACAUGAUCCAAAAGUUGGAUAUAAAGAUUAAUGAAAUGUUGAAAGAUACUGGUUUGCAAUAUACAUAUGAACUCUAAAUAUUUAUGCAUAAUUGAUAUUAUUAUUUUAAUAAGAAACAUAUACUAUUUUGAAAUGCUUUUAAUUUGAUUGAUUGUUGUACAGUGAUUCAAAAAAAAAAAAUAUGAACAGUUAUGAAGUAAAUAAAAAUCUUUAUAAAUUUAUGAAUAUGAGCACCCUUAAAUAAAGCACACAUUGCAUGUGAGGUUGGAUAGAUUUGUAGUUCUCAUGCACAAAAAAAUAUGAAACCACUUCCUCUCGCACUGCAAUGUUUAAUUUUGAUAAUUUGAUUGAAAAUAGAAUACAGCAUCCUUGUAAAUGUUUAAGAAAUUAAGGGAGCCAGAUCACAUCUCCUACUUCUUAACAUCAUAUUUUAAACAUGCCUUCAAUGUAGAUAAGUACAUUCUGAUAUUGAGAAAACCGUUAAUCUCCAGAAAUUACCACAGAUAUUAUCUUCCAUUAUGGAAUAAUAAGUGGGCCAAAAUAUCCUGCCUCACACAUAUAGGCAGCCACCUAAAUUGUUUUGCACUCAGCAAAAGGCAUUCAGGGAUAAAAGCUUCUCUGAUUUUAACCAGAUAUAAGUACACCCAUUUUUCUGAAUUUAGUUGAAUAUUGAUUUGUUGUACCAAAUGACUUGCUGCUAUUUGCAUGAGGUUAGCCUUAGUGAACUAUGUAUUAUUGACAUUACAGGAUGCUUUCAAAGAUUUACAAGUUGCCACUUUGCUAUGGAUUUUUGAUUAUCUUUUGACAGCUGAGGAUAUUCCUAGAUGUGACUGAUAGUUAAAAUUGUAACUAAUAUCAAUUUUGCUUGCCUUUAUAUGUUUUGAGUUUUCUCUGUGCAUCAGUUUUCUUUGUUUUUUAUUCUCUAUUGUCUUUAAAUAUGUUAUCUUAUCAUUUUUUUGUGUGCACUGUCUUAAAGGCUGGUGCUCUGCUCUUUUCAUACAUCAUACAGUUUGUUGUUUCUAUUUCCUAAGAUUUUAGCUCAGUUUGCUCUGACAAUCAUGUUUCAUUGGAUGUUAGUUAAAUAUGAUACUGCAGUUCUUCAAAUAUACUGAGUGCAUACUGUGUCUUUGACAACUAUUGAGAUACUGAUACCUUCCUUUUCAUAACCACUGGGUAACAGAUUUCGAGACCAUGCCGAGCGAUUGCAUUACCCUUAUGGAAAGAUGUUAUUUUACUUAAAUAUUCAUAUAAUUUUAUACUCUAUUUCUAUUUAGCAUAUAGAUUUAUAUUCUUUUUUUUAUUUGUACAGAGAUAAAAUAUAUACCUUUGUGCAUUCUGGUAUUUAUUAAUAUUCAAGAAAUAUAUUUUAUAUGUAAUAUUUAUUAUUAAUCAAAAAUUAUACAGUCAAUAAAAAUGUGAUUCAAAUAGUCUUCAAAUUAUUAAUUUCAUUGAAUAAUUUUUUGUUGAAGUUAACAAAAAUUGUAUCAAAACAUUUCUAAUGGAAAGAAGGUAAAUUUAUAUAAAUAUUGUUAUGAUAUAAAUUCCACAAAAUUUUGCUUGUUUAUGAAUUUUGUUUCUGCAAUCAGAAACUUAAAUUAUUACAACAAGUUUUCAAAAGAGAAACCCAGUAGGUUCAGAACAAUACAUGUAAUAUAUAUUGAGAUAAUAUUUUGAAAAUUAAUGCCAACUUAUCAUAUUACAACUAGAAUAUUUUUUAAUUAAAAUUUUAGCUUUAAGUUACCAACAACCUAGCUGAGCUGCUGCACUGAUGCUUAUUUUUUUACCUUGCUAAUCGCAUUCAAAAGUAUAUUCGUUCUUCAAAUAUACUGAGUGCAUACUGUGCCUUUGACAACUAUUGAGAUACUGAUACCUUCCUUUUCAUAACCACUGGGUAACAGAUUUCGAGACCAUGCAGAGCGAUUGCAUUACCCUUAUGGAAAGAUGUUAUUUUACUUAAAUAUUCAUAUAAUUUUAUACUCUAUUUCUAUUUAGCAUAUAGAUUUAUAUUCUUUUUUAUUUGUACAGAGAUAAAAUAUAUACCUUUGUGCAUUCUGGUAUUUAUUAAUAUUCAAGAAAUAUAUUUUAUAUGUAAUAUUUAUUAUUAAUCAAAAAUUAUA